AUGGAUUUUAUGAUUCACCAGUCAGGGGGUUAUGAGAAGGUGGGCUUCAUUCACAGAGAUUUUCACAAUCAAUUCCAAGCUGAGCGCAAAGUACAACUCGCAGAAGGGGAUGCAGAGGGUGCGUUAGGAUACUUAUCAACUAAAUUAGAUGCAGAUCCAUUAUUUUUUUUCAAAUACAACGUUGAUAAGGACAACCGGUUGGACAAGAUUUUCUGGGCAGAUUGUAAGUCUGGAAUGGAUUAUGCUACAUUUGGUGAUGUAUUGGUAUUUGAUACAACUUAUCGUACAAAUGCAUAUAAGAAGCCAUUUGUAAUUCUAGCUGGCGUGAGUAACCAUUUUAUGACAACUAUAUUCGAAUGUGCUAUGUUGCCUGAUGAGACAAUGGAGACAUACACGUGGGUGUUGGAAAUGUUAAUGGAGGCCAUAGAUGGUAAAAGACCCAUCUCCGUUGUAACAGAUGGUGAUGGGCCAAUACGUCAGGCAAUCAAAAGAGUUAUUCCAAACUAUAGACAUCAUUUAUGUUCUUGGCAUCUAGAGAAAAAUGCCUCAACAAAUGUCCACAUACCAAUAUGA